AUGUCAAAAAGGGUUCGAGAAACAGCAAUCGGAAUUGAUCUUGGAACAACAUACUCGUGCUUCGCGGCGUGGUUCGAUCAGUACAACCGCGUCGAGAUCAUUCCAAAUCAGCAAGGCAACAGGAUUACGCCGUCAUGCGUUGCUUGGAAUGGGACCCACCUCUUAGUUGGCGAGGCUGCCAAAAAUCAAAUCACCAGAAAUCCAAAAAACACUGCUUUUGAUGUUAAACGCUUAAUGGGGAGUAGAUUCAGUAAUAGUAGUGUGAAGAAGGACAUAGAGUCAUGGCCUUUUAAGGUAACUGAAGGAAGUGAAGAGAAGCCAAUGAUUGUCUUUGAACACGAUUCAGUUGUAAAAACUUUUUCUCCUGAAGAAACAUCUUCUAUGAUUCUAAAAGAUUUGAAAGAAGCGGCUGAAGCUUAUCUUGGAACAAUAGUUAAAGAUGCAGUUAUCACUGUUCCUGCAUAUUUUAGUGACAAGCAACGACAGGCAACCAAGGAUGCAGGUACGCUGGCUGGGCUAAAUGUCAUGCGUUUAGUUAACGAGCCAACAGCAGCAGCAAUUGCGUAUGGUCUAGAUAAGAGUGCUGACAUAAAUUGCCCAAAAGAGAAAACUGUGUUGGUCUUUGAUAUGGGUGGGGGUACAUUUGACGUGUCUCUUCUCAAUAUAAGACAAGACGGUACCAUUACCGUUAAGGCAGUGGGUGGUGACACUCAUCUUGGUGGAGAAGAUUUUGACAAGUUAAUGGUGAAUCAUUGUGCGCAAGAAUUCAAGAGAAAAGAAGGGAAGGAUAUAAGCAUGAAUGCUAGAGCAAUGAUGAGGUUGAAAAUAGCUUGCGAGAAAGCAAAAAGGGAUUUGUCAUCCACUCCAAAAAGGGAUUUGUCAUACAAGCGUAGACAACCAAACAGCCAUAAUCAUCGCUGUAUAUGA